AACAAGAGAGAGAGAGAGAGAGAGAGAGAGAGAGAGCGAACAAGAGAGAGAGAGAGAGAGAGAGAGAGAGAGAGAGAGAGAGAGAGAGAGAGAGAGCGAACAAGAGAGAGAGAGAGAGAGAGCGAACAAGAGAGAGAGAGAGAGAGAGAGAGAGAGAGAGAGAGAGCGAACAAGAGAGAGAGAGAGGGAAUCAUUCUGAGGAUAGCAGAGAAGGGGGUAGGACUUGAGCAGCAUUAGCCCUUCACCUGCAGCCCUGCAGCUGCCACAGAGUCACCAGAGCUGCUCCUGAGUAGGAAGGAAAAGAGUAAGGGAGGAGUGGAGGGGAGCCGGCACAGAGAACUACAGAGAGAGAAAGAGAGAAAGAGUCAGAGAGAGAGGGACAGAGAGAGAGAGGGACAGAGAGAGAGGGACAGAGAGAGAGAGAGACAGAGAGAGAGAGAGUAGUGGGGAGUAAAGUGGGAGCGAGCGCUACAGACUACAUCAUGCUGCUUCCCAGCGCCGCUGUGCUGUGAUGCUUCUCAGGCAGAGCCCGGGCGCACACUGCAGGCACCCCCCCGGCCCCCCCGGACCCGCCCCGGCCCCACGGCCCAGCCCGGACCCCGCCUCGCUGGAGACCCGCUCCCCCCCGCCUCGCAGCUCCUCGCCGCUGUCGCGCCCGCCGCCCCCCCUCUCCGCCGGCAUGUACCCCGAGGACAGCCGCGGGCCCGGGGGCAUCGCCGCAGUGGACUUCCUGGAGGCGGCCUACGAGUACGCGGCCCCCAGCCCGCCCGGCCCCCCGGGGGCACCGCCCCCCCUCUACGGCCACCCGGCCGCGGCGGGCUACUACACGGGCUCCCUGGACCCCCAUGGCGGGCCCCCCUCGGACGCCAGCCUGCAGUCCCUGGGCAGCGGGUCCACCAGCCCCCUGGUGUUUGUGCCCGGCAGCCCCCAGCUCAGCCCCUACCUGCACCCCACCGGGCAGCCCUACUACCUGGAGGCCCCCGCCACACCUGGGUACAGCAUGGGGUCCGGCCCGCAGCACUCUCUGUCCAGGGAGGACCUCUGCGACACCAUCGAGGGUCUGAAGACCUACGGGGUCAUGGGCUCCCUGGCCGCCUCCGUGUCCGGGUCGUCUCGGCUGGCGCCGGGUCAGGGGUCAGGGGUCGCGGUGGGCACGGUGUUCGAGCUGGCCAAGGAGACGCGGUACUGCGCGGUGUGCAGCGACUACGCCUCGGGCUACCACUACGGCGUGUGGUCCUGUGAGGGCUGCAAGGCCUUCUUCAAGAGGAGCAUCCAAGGCCACAACAACUACAUGUGCCCGGCCACCAACCAGUGCACCAUCGACCGCAACCGCAGAAAGAGCUGCCAGGCCUGUCGCCUUCGGAAGUGUUAUGAAGUGGGCAUGAUGAAAGGAGGUAUGCGCAAGGACCGUGGGAGCCGGGUAUUGAGGCGCGACAAGCGGCGUGGCGUGGCCGGCGACCGGGACAAGGGUCCCAGGCAGCUGGAGAACAGGACGUCGCCCCCGCAGGACGGGAGGAGGAACUGCGGCGGCGGCGGCGGCUCCAGAGCGGGCGAGAGAACGGGGGCGGACGUCGGAGGAGUGGCGAGGGGUUCUCGGAUCGGGAUCCCCCCGGACCAGGUGCUCCUGGUCCUCCAGGGGGCGGAGCCUCCCAUCCUGUCCUCCCGGCAGAAGAUGAACCGGCCGUACACCGAGGUCAGCAUGAUGACGCUGCUCACCAGCAUGGCCGACAAGGAGCUUGUCCACAUGAUCGCAUGGGCCAAGAAGGUCCCAGUCCUUUGUGUGGCAGGCUUCCUGGAGCUGUCCCUUCAUGACCAGGUGCAGCUCCUGGAGAGUUCCUGGCUGGAAGUCCUGAUGAUCGGCCUCAUCUGGAGGUCCAUCCACUACCCUGGGAAACUCAUCUUCGCACAAGACCUCAUCCUGGACAGGACCGAGGGGGACUGCGUAGAGGGCAUGGCGGAGAUCUUCGACAUGCUGCUGGCCACCGUCUCACGCUUUCGGAUGCUCCAGCUGAACCCUGAGGAGUUUGUCUGUCUCAAGGCCAUCAUCCUGCUCAACUCUGGGGCCUUCUCGUUCUGCACCAGCACCAUGGAGGCCCUUCACGACAGCCUGGCCGUUCAGGGCAUGCUCGACACCAUCACGGACGCCCUCAUACACCACAUCAGCCAAUCAGGAUGCUCCAUCCAGCAGCAGUCCCGGCGGCAGGCGCAGCUGCUGCUUCUGCUGUCCCACAUCAGACACAUGAGUAACAAAGGCAUGGAGCACCUCUACAGCAUGAAGUGCAAGAACAAAGUGCCACUGUACGACCUGCUGCUGGAGAUGCUGGACGCCCACCGUCUCCACCGUCCCGUCAAGGCGGCCCCCCACCCCCGGGGGGGGGGUCCGGGCGACUGCGAGACAGCCUGCACCAGCGGAAGCUCCAGCUGCUCCGAGUUGGGUACCGGGCACCGCGGGGCCGGCGGGCUAGAGGGCCACGGUCGGGCCCCCGGUCCCGGGGUGCUCAUCAGCGGGGGGCCCCUCCACGAGUGUGCGUCCGUCUGAGAGACACGCUGGCAGCGCGCCCCCUUGUGGUGGAUCUGAGUUAUGAAAGCCCUUUUUUUUUGCUGUGAAUCGGGUGUGGUUGGUGGGGGAGGGGGGCGGGGGGGGAGAUAGAGAGAACGGGGAUGAUAGGGCACCGGCGAUAUGGGCGAUCCGAUUUAAAUAAAAAAUGACGUAUUUGAAUGUUCAUUUAGCCAUGAUUGUUUUGUUUUAUGUAAGUGAUUUUACUUGAGUGAGUUUUGCAUUUUUUUGGAGUUCUUUUAGCAACAUUCCAACACAUUUUCGUUGACUUGUCUAAAUCGGGUUCAGCGCUCGCUGGAUACCGUUCAAACUGUGUGUGAGCGUAUGAAUCGGGCGGGGAUAACAUCUUUGGAGUCCUGCUCACGACCGUAGCAGACUGCGUCUUGACAUUUCGUGGCCUAGCUGGCUAACUAGCUAACGGCUAGUUUUUUAUACCCAUGUCGUGCCAUAUGCUGAAUGUUAAAUCCUCUUCACUCUCUUGUGGUGCCUUGCUCCAUCUAUCUGCCUUCAUGACCUGACCGCCCAUUUGUGCCAACUGCAUGCCAAGCGGGGUGAGAUUGUUGUAAACCAAAAAAGGCUUAAUUUCUCUCUGUGCCAAUGCAACUUGCAAUGUCAUAAAGCUUUAGUGCCUUCUUAAGAAUUGGGACGAAGCCUUGAUUCAUAUUUUGGGGGAAGGUUAAUGUAAUUUCUAUGAUGUACUGAAUAUAUCAGUUCCCUCUGUGAAUAUCUUCUUGCGUCUUGGGGUCUUGGGGUAUUGAUAGAAGUGCUAACGAAAGUCAUUGCUUUACACUGCGUAAUUUAAGACAAUUGGCAUUUUCUUUUCUAUAGUAGAUCUGUUUUCUAUGCGUAUCAGAACAUGUUUUUUGUCUUUUUGUUCAGCCUAAAUUUGUAUAUUAUGUGCAGGGCUGAAAAAAAUGGGGUAGAUUUUUGCGGGAACAUUUGAAGGGUCUGUAAAUUAUACCUGUCUUUAAGUUGACGUAUGUGGAUAGUCUUGAUGCCGUUGGCAAGGCUACGAGGACACACAAUGCACUCCUUGAGUGAAUACAGGAAUGUACACAACCUUGAGUGGAGAGGGACACAUAAUGAUAUCUACACAGAAACAGAAUUAAAGCUUAAUACACCGCCAGGCUCUUCUGUGGGCCAGGAGACGUAUGUCUCUAAUCAACUGUCCAUGAUAAGAUGUGAGUGCAUUGUUCUGAACUAAUAUUAAGGAGAUUCUUGGUGGUGGUUCCAAGUCAUAAUAUGGACGCCGAAGGCACAACAAGCAGCCAAAAAACGAUUUGUCAAAGAAGUUUGUACCCGUCAAUAUUUGGGCUUUUUGCCAAGCAAGUACAUUCUUUCCAGGGACAUACCCAAGAAAUUAUCUGCGUUUGCCCAUCCUGAGAUUAUAAAGCCAGAGAGCAAACUAGAGUGCACCAUUGAAUGAUAAUUGGUCAUCUUUUUGAAGUUGCUUGUCUGAGUUUCAUGUUGGUCCCCAAUAUCUGUGCCAGUUUGCUGUUUUGACUACUGUGCCUUGCUAGCCGUUUGAUGCGGCUAGCAAUCACUCGCGGCCAAAGUGAAGUCACUUUGGCCACGAGUGUAAAGAGAAACCUACUUUAGUGUCCGUUGAUCCCACAUGAGUGUUGUUUACUGUUUAUUAAAAUAAAGGUCCUAAUAGUGAAAUUGUUGCAGGCCUCGUUUCGCUACCUCAUUCGAAAUAGUCUCCUCAGCCAAAAACAAGUCUGAAAACAUGUGUAUUUUAUAUAUUUUUUUACUAUAUGUAAAGAACAUUCUUCGUGAUUUCAGCAUUAGCAAACUGUACAUACAUAAAUAACCAUUUCCAUGUCCGGGCUUUUUUUUUUAUGUUUCUUUUUACAGUUUCAAACAGCGCAGACUAGAUAUCUCCAUCGCGUCAGAGGUGUCGUCCUCACGGUAACAAAGCACCAAGCAUUGUUUUUCGCCCGCCUCCGCACCUCCGUCUCCGUACACAGACCGUGAUUGGUUGGCGAACUUAAAAAGCAGAAAGGACUUGCAGAAGUGCAUGCUCGAACUAAAAAGGUAAAAAAAUAACUGCCCGCAUUUUGCGGGGCAUUUGAAUCACCGAUAGAAAUAAAAUAAACGGAAUCUCAUCCUGCGUGUCGAGGUUUGCCCUACGUGAUUAAAUAUUGAAAUACUAGAAUGGUUAUAAAAGGAGAUCAAAACAGGGACACCAGCAUUUGGCUGUCUUGGGGGAAGACUGGACGGCUUCGGUGAGGAACCAUAAUCAGGCGCUCGUUUCAGUGCGUUAGGGUUCAGCUAUCGGCUA